CAUCCAUGCUUUCGACAGUGCCAUCGCUAUUAAGAGACGCCAAUUCCUUGUAGAAGCUCACUACAUUUCGGGAUUUCCCCUUGAAUUGCCGGAACGUUGAAUAUUUUUCCUCCCAAGAUGAGCCGCGAAGUGCUAGAUCCUCCCGUGCAAACGAUGAGCCACAAUCGCCGCUACCGCGUCAACGUGGUGCAUGAGGAUUUCGGUGGCGCCAAGUGGAAUGGCCAAAAUAAAGGUGGAAAACCGGCUAGCAAUGUUUACCAGGAACCGGAUCUCUAUGGCGAAGACGAUGAGGAAGACGAUCCGGCCGCCAGCAACAUUGAGCAGGCUCCAAACGGAGACUUUAAGCUGGCGCUGCACGUGCCCAAGUCCUUCUAUGGCGGACUGAUUGGCCUCAAGGGCUCCACGAAGCGUCGCAUUGAAGAGGAGACCAGAACGGAGAUUUACGUUCCACGUCAGAACGAAAAGUCCAACGAUAUACUCAUCAAGGCCAAGCAACGCGACAGGGUGUGCGCUGCCUUGCGACAAAUCCGCCACCUCAUUGGCUCCCUGCGCAAGAAGAUGAAGCCCACGCACUUCCUAGCUGUGGCUCUGAACUCUGGACAGGUCCAAGAGCGCUUUGUGGAGCUUAAGAAAAGCAUUUUGGAGGCCCAGCUCCCGGGCAUCGAUGAGGAGCUGUUCAUCUCCGAACGCUCCAUCCACCUUACGCUGGGCGUCUAUGUGCUGCUCGAUGACGAUGAGCGCCAGCGGGCUCUGAACGAGCUGGAGGCCUGUCGCUCCCUUUUGACAAACCUUAAGACACCCUUCGAAAUGACAGUCAAGGGUUUAGAGAUUAUGAACGAUGAUCCCAGCUCCACGCGUAUUCUCUACGCCCACAUCGAGUCUCUGGAGCUACAGAAGUUUGCUGAUCAGUGCCUGGCCCACUUCCAGACCACCGGACUGUGCGCCACAGACAAUAACGAGCGUGAAUCCAUCAAGCUGCACAUGACAGUGAUGAACAACCGCUAUCGCAAGGAGGUGAUGAAGUGCUCCGACAGCUUCGAUGCUCGUGAAAUACUCAAGCGCUUUGGCGGCUUUGACUUUGGCGUGGCCCAGUGCCAGGCUGUGCAUCUGUGCGUACUCAAGUCCCGCGGUGAAGAUGAUUUCUACAAGAUCACCGGCAGUCUGAAGUUUGGGGAUGAAGAAUCGAAGACUUCAUCCGCUGCUUAGAAUAACAUACUUUGUAUUUUUUACAUUUAAAAAGAUUGAAGUCUUGCUUUUCUUUGUAAAUAAAUGAAAUCAAACG